UAUCAGCGAAGCCGGUGUGUUUUCUUGUCAGUCGUGUCAUUUUAUAACUUUGUGAAAGACGUAACACAAUUCAAAAGAUUAUAUUUUAAUUUAUUGUAUGUGUUUUGUGAGAAUUUGUGUGUAAAAAAACAAAAUGAGUGACCCGGACAAUAAGAAUGAUAGCAGAAACAGGGGGUUGGCCGCGAUGCAUAUUCAUGAAUACCAAGGAGUUCCGACCGCUGAGUUUGAAGACGAGAUAGCGGAAAAGCCCCACGAACGGGUUUUCGAUGGGCUGAGAAAAAACAGCAGUAGUAUAAAUGAUCCUAUCAGAUCCGUACCAAGCACAUUGAUAAUACUGGUGUUAGGGAUAUACUUACUGCUAGGAUUUUUGACGCAACUCGUAGAAGAUGGUAUGCCGUCGGUCGUGCCGGAGGCGAACGUUGCUAGAGAUAAUUCAGACACAUUCAGCGAAGAAGUAGCCUGGCGCUACCUAGACCGGAUCAUAGGCAAGGAGCCUCGCGUCUCCGGCACGCCGUACCAUUUGAACCAAACUAUAGAUCUGAAGGCUAUGAUCGAUGAGAUUGCUCAGCAAGGCAACCAGCAUGUUAGGACUGAUUGGCAGAUUGCUUCGGGAGACUACUGGCACAACUCUUCGGCAUCAUUUUUCAACGUUUACCAAAACACAUCGAAUAUUGUCGCCUUACUCGAGGGGGAGAGCGGGUUCCAUAACAAUGGAACUAUUGGCAGCUCCAUACUUGUCAACUGUCACUACGAUUCUGUGCCUUUUGCGCUAGGAGCAUCAGACAACGCGGCAUUCUGCGCUAUAAUGGCAGAAACAUUGACAAAGCUGUCUCGCAGCAAACAGAAACUCAAAAGGAACGUCAUAUUCUUAUUCAAUGGAGCUGAAGAAAAUGGAUUACAGGGUAGUCACGCGUUCCUGCAGCACCCGUGGGCGCGGGGCGCGGUGGCUGUCAUUAACUUAGACGCCGCCGGGAUGAACGGGAAACCUACUAUAUUUCAGGUGACUGACCCCAGGGUACUGAAAGCGUACCACAACUCGGCCCCCGUACCCAACGCGCAGAGCUUGGCUGAACUGCUGUUCUCGUCCGGCAUGAUACCUUCCGAUACAGACUUCAGGAUAUGGAGGGACUUCGGUGGGAUAUAUGGAGUGGACAUAGCAUUCGUGAAGUGGGCGGCCGUGUACCACACGCGUAACGACAGGGCCGAGCUGCUGCAGCCCGGCGUCAUGCAGGGCGCCGGGGACAUGCUGCUCGCGUUCAUCGCCGCCACUGCUGAUAUUGAUGACCUGGAUGAUAAGAUCGAGCCGGAAGCGGCGGUAUACUACGACUACCUGAACGUGUUCCUAGUAUCGUACGCGCUGUACGCGUCCUACGUCAUCGACGUGUUCGUGGCGCUGUGCGGACUGGGGAGUGUGGCAUACUACGUGUGGCUUGUCGGACCUAGAUGGUCGACAGUACAGAAGCUGCUGGUAACAGCGCUGGGUCGGCUGGCCGCCAUGCUGUGCGGGAUCAUAGCUGUCACUAUAUGUACUCUCAUCAUGGUCGCUACCACUGUGCAGAUGAGAUACCUGACGCAACCAUGGCUAGUAGUACCAUUAUUUUGGAUGCCAUACCUCAUUGUCGCAGUCGGUGCAGCACAGGCCUUUGAUGCUUGGACGCUUAAGCGGAAUGGUUUAAGUCGUUCCUUGCGCUGCGUGCAAGCUAUGGCCGCCACCCGUCUCCUGCUAUCCUGCACGUUGCUAGUACUAUGCUGCAUCCCGCCGCUGACGUCGCUGCGGUACUUGUUCAGCGCACCGCUCUUCGUGCUGUCGGGUACCGCCGUACUGUCGCUCACUGCUGUACGAUAUGUGGCGCUUAGAGGCUGGCAGCACCUAAUCCUCGAGAUAUGCCUGUCCCUCCCGUCGGUAAUGCUAAUGUUUUCCUUGGCACUACGGCUGGAUGCUCAGAUGUUACCCACCAUGGCUCGGUCUGGGAGUGACAAGCCGGAUUACACGGUCGCCAUGCUUAAUGUGGCUUUGGCUAUUAUUGUUUCUACUACUAUUUCGGGACUCGAACUACUAUUCUCCCGCAAGCGGCUAUGGAUGGUGUUGUCAUUUGUGGGCGCAAUCUGCGUUGUUCUGAUGUUUAUACCCUUCAACCCUUAUGAUGAGGACAGCACGUCGCUUCAGAGACAUUACUGGUUUCAUUCAGAAAUAGUGUCAUUCGACUACAACAACGCGACAACAUCUCGUGCGUCCGGCGUCGUGGUCACCAAGCACGAUCCCUACAGCACGCAGCACGUGCUGCCCGCGCUGGCUGCGCAAGGGUACCAUGUUAACGCCUGGGAGGACUUUACUGCCGACUGUGAGGACCAAGUGUACUGUGGCCUGCCGCUGUUUAGAACCAGCUUUGGGAGGUUUUUGAAGCAUGCUCUGUUCUUGAACACGGGUCCGCCGGCCGCGUUCAGCCCGCCCGUCUCACUCAACGUCACGGAAAGAGUUUGUCAGUCCAAUGUCUGUACUUACAAGUUCCAGUUUACGGGAGCAAACCACAACCUCUUCACAUUCUGGCCACGUGACAACGUGACGGUCUCCUCCUGGUCGCUGAACUCAGCUCCUCAAGUGAGCUUCUACCAGCGCGGCCGGCCGGUGUACGCGCUGACCCACUCGCUAGCCACGUAUAGCGGCGCUGCCUCCGUGUUUCAUAUGGAAGUCAGGUUUAAUGUACCACAAUCUCUUCAAUCUCAGCCAAUAGUGGAUGUUUCCCACCACUCGCACAAGAUCUACCAUCCCGAGGAGUUCACAGCGGAAUACAAGAACAUACUGCAAGCGAUGCCGCGAUAUUUCAAUAUAGCCACCUUCCUUAGCUUCAGGCAUAAUUAUGUGUUCUAGUCAUCAGUUCGUUUAAUAGUAUUUUGGACUUUUAUUUAUGUAAAGGGAGUUUUUUUUUAUUAAAGUUGAAAAUGAUGUGACGGUUUGGGUGAAAAGUGGACCAAUUUUGACUUAAAAAAAUGUUUUCAUGUUAAUGUUCACAACAAUAUACAAUGUGUAAAAUUAUUUAACUUACAGAACUCAGCGAUGUGUGAAAUAAUUAACUAUUUUAUUAUUAUUAGGAUAUCUCCGUGUGUGUUGUAUGAAAGUUUUAUACGUAUGGGAUUGUUAUUAAUUUAUUUUUAGAAUUUAUUUUUAAAGUUAUUUUAGGUACCUAAGUAUACGUAAGAAUUGACCAGUGAAUAAAUAGUUUUAUUUUUUAAUUUAAAA